GAUAGAUUCAAUCUACUGGGACAUGCCGCAAGCUUUGCAAAGAGCAUAUCCGUACACGGUAAUUCCGGAACUGGAUACGAAAUGGUAGACAUCGGUACCUCGGACAUUGGUACGCAAAAGAGUUCAAUCAGCUCACAAUAUUGCCCCUCAUAUUCUGCAACGUGGGAUGAGGACAUUGAGCAGGAUGGAAAGGAUGGAGGGUCCUAUAAUAUCUUCACGGCAAUUGGAAGCCCAUUACCCAACCUUUACCAGCCGAACAACCUCAGCGUCGAAGAAUACUCUUCAUUCCGUCCUCCGGUUCCUCCGCCGAUCUGGCAGAUAUGGCUCGCACGUCUCCUAUGAAUAUGCAAAUCCAGGCGGCUUCGGCUAUGAAGAACGGAAGUUCAGUGGAUGGCGGGGAGGCAUCUUAGCAGCAGCUACGAGUACGGGCAUUGUGCUGCUUAUCAACUUGACAUUCACAAUAUGGGCGGGCUCGACAUCCAAGAGCGGUUUGCGGAUUGGCACAUUAUAUGAAGGCGAAUGUGGCACCGUAAGGCAUGCCGACACAUGGCUACAUAUUGCCAUCAAUGCCAUGGGAACCAUCUUACUCCGUGCAAGUGACUUCACGAUGCAGUGUCUGAGUGCCCCAACACGGAGUGAAAUCGACGUUGCUCAUUCUAAAGGACGAUACCUCGACAUUGGACUUCCGAGUUUAAAUAACUUGAACGGAUGGAAAAAGAAAGUAAUGUUUACGUUCCUAGUUUUGUCCACUCUUCCAUUACACUUCCUUUGGAACUCAGCGGUUUUCACCACAACCCAGAAUCUCGAUUACAAUGUUUUUGUAGUCGCGCCCAGUUUCCUCAACCAAUCGACCGUAGACUGCAUCCAGAACGUCACCCUGUUCAAUACCGGCGUUCUUGCUACAGACUACUAUCAAACCCCGCUCCAAUAUGGAACCGCAAGCAACGGUACAGCUGUAUCCAACGAUAAUCAAUUCUGGCAAGCCGACGUCUGCAACAUCUCCAAAGCACUCCUGGCCAACUCCACUGCAGGGACACUCUCCCGUCUCAGCAAUGAAGAGUGCAUCAACGCCUACGGCCCCGGAAAUGGCAACAUGAAAGGCUGAUCCAACCUGCUCGCCGUCACAAAACCCGCAGCCGCACUCUCACACCCAAAUAACACAAUCCUCUUGCAAUUCCGGUACCAAGAA